GAGUGGUCAGUGGAGCACCCAACUUCUAUGGCCUAAGCUAAGAGGGUUUUUCUUUUUUUUUACGAGACGAGCUGUAAAACUAGAAUUGUACUUCUUGACACCGACAAAUAUACAACCUGAUUUGCAGCUGUCCUUCGGUACACAGAAUGACGACGACGGCGACUCACACUCAACGCCACGAUUCAAAUUCUUAACUGUGGACGACUGCGAAUCUGCUACACAACCCACCAAUCCUCUUCCAUUACCACCCACCAUCUCACAUUCCUCUGUCGUUUUUUUGUUCUUUUUCCCUCCCUUCUUCGUUUUUGUUUCAAUGGAGGCAAAAGUUUUGAGAACCGCCCCUUCUCUUCACCCGGUUCGAUUCCGCUCAGCGAUUUCUCGAUCUAGGUGCGCUUUCGCCAUCCAGAAUCGGACGCCCUCAAGGUGUUCGACGUAUUGUUCGAGUACGGUGAGAUGCGGUCUUCGGCCUGUUGAGGCUUCUUCCGCUUCCACCCGAUCACUAGCAAUGAAGAAACGGGUGGACAUGAGUGAGACCUUGACCCUUGAGAGUAUAAGAUUUUCAUUAAUCCGACAGGAAGAUAGCAUAAUAUUUAGUCUUUUGGAGAGAGCACAGUAUUGUUACAAUGCCAAUACGUAUGACCGAGAUGCUUUUGCUAUGGAUGGGUUUCAUGGUUCUUUGGUAGAGUAUAUGGUCAGAGAAACUGAAAAACUUCAUGCUCGGGUGGGUAGAUAUAAAAGCCCUGAUGAACAUCCUUUCUUCCCUGAUGACUUGCCUCAACCGCUAUUGCCUCCACUGCAAUAUCCUCGGGUACUACAUCCAGUUGCAGACUCGAUUAACAUUAAUCCAAAAGUAUGGGACAUGUACUUUAGAGAUCUCAUUCCGAGAUUAGUUGAGGAUGGAGAUGAUGGGAAUUGUGGAUCAAGUGCUGUUUGUGACACAAUUUGUUUGCAGACUUUAUCAAAGAGAAUCCAUUAUGGAAAAUUCGUCGCGGAAGCUAAGUUUCAAGCCUCACCCGAUUCGUACGAAGCAGCAAUUCGAGCACAAGAUAAGCAAAAACUGAUGCAUAUGCUGACAUACCCGACGGUAGAGGAGGCUGUGAAAAGGCGAGUGGAGAUGAAAGCAACGGUUUAUGGUCAAGAAGUGGCGACUGAUUCGGUUAACGGUGAACUCCAAGCAGCUUACAAGAUCAAACCAAGCGUGGUUGCUGAUCUAUAUGGGGAUUGGAUCAUGCCAUUAACUAAGGAAGUUCAAGUCCAAUAUUUGUUAAGAAGAUUGGAUUGAUGAUCACAUUAAUCUCCAAAGUCUGGCUGAAGCUGUUUUGGUCUAUGGAAUUGUUGAGUUAUUUGUUGCAGGAUAAUUUAUUUUGUCAAAUGGUUUAGCACAGAUUUAUCACGUUAUUUGAAUGUCAAUGUCAUACAAAAAUGGGUGAACUUAGAAUGCCCUUUUGUACCCCUUUUUGUCCUAUUCUUCUUCCGGAAAUAAGAUAAAAAUUUGUACUCA